AUGGGCCCGCGCCUGAAAACCAAGAAGCGCCCCCCCGGGCAGCAGCCGAAGGCGGCCGGCAAGAAGCGCCUCGCGCCGCGGGACCGGCGCCCGCGCGCGGACGACGAGCCCGACGCCCACAGCCCGCGGUUGAUCAAAGUCGACCCCGAGGCUGUGAAGCUGUAUAGGACCGAGGCGCUGAACCGCUUAGAUGCCGUGGCCAACGCGCGCUUGAAGACGCGGUUCCGCCAGUUUCGGGUCCGGGCCCUCGCGCUCAGUACGGGGGUGCUCACAGCGUUCGACCACACGCGCGCGCUCUCCCAACUUUGUGACUGGGUCACGAAAAAGCAGCCCUUCUCAUCGUCACGGAAUCAACUGGAAGAAGCCUUGGUCAAGGCCGUCGUCAAGGCCCACGCCCACGAGACCGAAUUGGUACGAAGGGAGCAGUAUGAGAAGAGGCGGCGCGAGCACGACGCGAGCGAACGCAAACGUGUUCAUGAAGAGGCCGAGGCGAAAAUCCAAAAGGUCGAGGCGACGUUUGCUAGGGAACGGCGCGAGUUGCACGCGCAGUUACGACGGGAGCGCGCCCGCGUCGAUGAUGCCGAAUCAAAAAUGAGGGAGCUCCAGGCUGAAAUGCGACAGGCGGCUUCGACCACGGCCAAAGCGAAGCAAAUUCUGGAGAAGCGAUCAAAGGCCCACGCGCAACAGCAGAAGUCCUGCAACAAAGCUCUAGACCAGACGAGGAAACGAUUAGUCGGCGUCCGGGAGAGAGCAGCGGCCCUAGGCGACGAUGCGACGCGCCUGCGCGAGGAGCUCAAAUCGUCGCAGCGCAAGCAGCGGGCCCUCGCGAAUCGUAAUAAAGCGGCGCCCGACGAGCGCGUGCUGCUGGAGACGGAGGUAAGAGCUGCCGAAGAUCGAGCGGAGUAUCAUGAACAUAGGGCCCUCGCGGAGCGGCGCGCGCGACUGAUCCUGAACCAGAAGGUCGACGCGGCGUUGGGCGAUGCGGAGGCGGCGUUGAAGGCGGCGGGCGAUCCUGGUGAGAUGGACGUUGCGUUGCAAAAUCUGUCGCGCGACAUCAUGAAGGCCUUCGGGGCGCCUCCCAGUGCACCUGGUACGGGUAUCGAGACCGGUUUGGAAGAGCGCUGGGCCGCUGUGGUGGAUGGUGCCGCGGCCAUGGGGCUCACCACGAAGGACGAGGUGCCGCGCGAGCUGGCGAACGCCAAGGCCACGGUCCCGGGCGUGCUGCGGGCCUUAGAUCAAUUGGAUGCGUGCGACGAGGCGUCGGACCCCGGCGCGCGCCACGCGCGGCGCAUCGCCCUCGCGCAGUUCCGCGUCGCGGCCGACGGCGGCAACUCCGGCGAUUUGGGAAGCGCGGCGGCGGUCUGCGGCCUGCCGCCGGUGGCGGGGAAGGACCUCGGGGUCCUGCUGGGGGCGAUCCGCGACGCUCCGGAAGAGCCGGAGGGGCCGCCGCCGCCGCCGCCGCCGCGGCGCACCGGCCGCGUGUCGCCGGCGCCGGGCGCCGCCCGGUCACGCACUGGGCCGAAGCUCGGGUUCGGCGUCGCCGCCCGCCUGAGCGCCGCCGCGGCGCGAGGCCGCGGGGAUCCGGCGCCUGCCGUCGUCGAGCCUGCGCCGACCGGUCGGAAGGCGGCCGCUGAACCGACGCUCGGCCCCGGGCGAGGCCACGAUGCCGGACCGCCGUCGGGCGCCGCGGCCGCGCGGGCCCGGGGCCAGCAGGCCGUGCCGGCCGCGGUCGACGCCAUCGAGGCGCGCGCGCAGAGGGCUACAGCGCCGGGGCUCGGGGCCGGCGCGGCCUUACCCCCGGAGCCGGUCGUCGCCCUCGCCGACGGCAGCGUCGCGCCGGCCUCGCAGGUGCCCGCCGGCACGCUGCUCGCGAACGGCCAGGCCAUGCCGGCCGGGCGCGUCGUCGCGCUCGCCGACGGGUCCAUCGCCGCGGCGGCGACCGUCGCGCCCGGCGCGGCGCUGGCCGUCGUUCCUGGCGCCGCAGCUCCCGUCGGCGCGCGUGCCCGGCGCCUCGCGCCCGGCGGCGGCGCGCCGCGGCCCCCUGCCGCAUCGCAGACGCCCGCGGCCCCGGCGCCGUCGGCCUCGCGUCGGCUGCGGACCGCCGCACGAGCCGUCCUCGUGGCGCGGGGCAUUGCGGGGCCGCCGCGCUCGGCGCCGCGGCCGUCGCCCGCCGCCGCGCCGCCGCGCGGCGACGAGGCCGGCCCGGCGGCGACGCCGGCCGCCGAGCGGCGGCGCAUCAUGGCCGCCGCGCUGCAGGCCGGGCCGCCGGCGCCGCCGUCGCGGCCGCCGUCGCGCGCCUCGGUGGCGUCGUCGCCGGACGCCGGGCCGCAGCCGCGCGAGCCGGCGUCCGUCGCGUCGUCGCCGCCCGACGAGGCGCGUCUCCGCGACGAGCGCAAGCGCGCCGACGACCUCGCGGCGCGGCGCGCGGCCUCCGCCAAGCGCGCCGUCGACGCCGCCGAGGCCAAGGCCCGGGAGCUCCAGGCCGCGCUCGACGAUGCGCGUGGCGCGGCGCCGGCGCGCGAGCACGCGGCGCUCGCGGCGGAGUGCGCGCGGAUCAAGGAGCGCCUCGGCCGCCGCGCGCUGCACCGGCUCGUCCAGGCGUCGGCGGCCGCGGACGCGCGGGCGACGUUUGCUGUUUUUGGCCGCUGGGCGCGUCUCCGACCGUCGCCUGCCGUCGAAGCGGAGGCGGCCGCGCCACCGGCGCGCGGCCGCAGGGCCGUCAAAGAGGAGGCGGUCGCGCCGCCGACACGUGGACGCCGAGCCUCGCCCUCUGUAUCCUCCGUCGACGAGGCGACGCCGGCGUCACCGGCGCGUGGUCGCAAAGCCUCUGUAUCCUCCGUCGAGUCCGAUGAAUCGCCCGCGCCGGUGGCGCGCAGGGCCGCGCCCGCGCCUGCCGCCAUCGAAACGGUGCCGGCGCCAAAGCUCGGGCUCGGCGCCGCCGCGCGCCUGGGCGUCGUAUCCGCGCGGGCGCGUGGGCGCCAGGGGGCCCACGCGGCCUCCGAGGCGCGGCUCCGCCAGUGGCGCGGGUCCCGCGAGAGCGCGGGCGACGACGAAUCCGAGACGGCGGAGAGCGCCGCGCGCCGCGCGACCGGCCUCCCCCCGCGGCCGCGCGACCCUCCGGCCCGGGCCUCCGCAGCGCCACCGGCGCGGGGUCGCGAAGCCCUCUCCGUUGACGAAGACGCGCCCGCGCCACCGGCGCGUGGCCGCAGGGCCGCGCCCGCCGUCAAAGAGGAGGCGGCCCCGGCCGAGGCGCCGACGCCCGAGAAGAAGAAGUCAAAGUGGGGUAAACUCCGCGGCGCCGUGCGCGCCUCGCCCAAGAAGUCGCCAAAGACGCCCAAGGCGCCGCUGGUGCCGGCGGCAGCACCGGCCCCGGUCGUCUCCACUACCGAGAGCGCCGCGCCCGCCGCGGCGCCGACACGUGGUCGCAAAGCCUCGCCUUCUGUAUCCUCCGUCGACGAGGAGGUGGCCGCGCCCGGCGCCGACUCGGCGUCCUCGCGCGGCCGCCGCGCCGCCGCCACGGCCAGCUCGGCGUCGUCGCGCGACCGGUCGUCGUCCGACGAGAUGCUCCGGAGCGCGGCGCUCGCCGAGGAGCCGCGGCCGGCGAGCCCGGCCGGCGGCCACGCCUUCGACGACACCACCGUGUCGUCGAAGGAGGACGAGGCGCUCGUGCCCGCCGACACGGACAAACAACGGGCGGCGUUGCUCGCCCUCGCGACGCAGAACAAGGCGCUCGCCGAGGCGCUCCAGGCGACGCCGCGCGACGCCACCGUCGCGUCGGCGGAGAUCCGCGUGCUCGAGGCGCGGCUGAGCGCCUGCCGCCGCGACGCCCAAGAAGCGAGGCAACGACACAGACAAGCUUUAGCGGCGAUGAACCUCGAGCUCGGCGCGCUCCGGGACAAGAACGAGAGCGACCGCCGCGACCUGAUGAUGAGGCUGCGGGACGAGUCGCUCAUUGUGAAUGAACUUACGAAGCGGUGCGACGCGCUGACGCGCGAGCUGCGGGGCACCGACGUCUCGCCGUUGUCGGCGACGGCCAAGGCGUCGUUGCGAUCGUCGCGCGAAGCGGCGCGGACGUUGGUCGUGUCCCCGGACGAGGCCGACCCGACGCCGCGGGCGCGCGGGGCGUUCUCCGAGCUGCUGGACUCGAACGCGGCACUGCUCCAGGAGCUCGGGGUCGUUUGAUCCUGCUGUCGUCGUCGUCCUCCAAGUAAGAGAAG